AUGGGUAUACUUACUGGCCGAGAUGAAGCUAUUAAAUCAUUAGCAAGUUCAGAUCUUGCGUUUAUUGGCACUUUAACCGAUUAUGUCAAAGGUAUGUCAACCAGAUCAUUAGUACCAACAGUUCACUAUACACUAGAAUUUGAAACAUACGAUCAGAUACGUGGUCCACCGAUUGAAAAUGAAGAACCACAUUUUCAUUAUAUGCAAUCGGGCAGUGGUGGUCAAACAAUCGACCCUAAAACACGUCGAUUUUUACCAGCAGUUGAAUCUAAACAUCUACAAAUCGGUCAACUCUAUUUGGCAUUAUUGAAUGAGCCACAACAAAUCAAACAAUUAGUUGAAAUUACUAUGGAUGACGUCGAAUUAUUACGACAAGGAGCUUCGGAAAAGUAA